CUCCCAAAAAAGAACAAUUCAGUGACUACGGAAGAAGGAAUUUCCAAUUAUACGCCCUAAUUGUGUGGAAGAACUAAAAAUUCCUGAUACAUAUAUAUAUAUCAAAUAACAGAUAAAAAAGAAAAAUUUUUAUAUUUUGACUGGAAGUGAAAACAUGUGUGCUUUAGUAUUUUGUACAAAGGAUAAUUUGAAAGUAUUAAAAAAUUUUCACAAUGGUAUGUGGAUGGAACAUUUAAAUCUGCUCCACCACUUUUUAAUCAGUUUUUUGUAAUUCACGGAAAAUUAAAUGACGGUUUCGUAUUCCCAUUGAUAUACAGUGUAAUGACUCACAGAACAGAACAAGCUUACGAUAUUUUGUUUAAUUUUCUAGAAAGAAAAAAGAAAUUCUAGAAGAAGAAGGUGAACUUGGAGAGUUCGAACCAGAGUCAAUCAUGACAGAUUUCGAAAUGACUUCUAGAAAAUCAUACAGUAAGUGUUUUCCUACUACUAAACAAUGGUGUUGCUACUUUCAUCUAAUAAAAGCUAUUUGGAAAAAAAUACAAACAAUUCCAGAAAUGCAAAAGUUGUACGAGGAAAAUAUGAUUUUCUCUUCGAAAAUUCGUUAUUUUGCUUCUCUGGCUUUUAUACCACCAUCAGAUGUUUGUGAUGCUUAUGAAAAAAUAUUAAAAUUAGAUUUUUUUGUUAAAAAUAAUCAAAUUAUUUUUCCUUUCCUAACAUACUUUGAGGAGACUUGGAUUGGUACUAAAAAACGAGGGCGAAGAUAUCCUCCGUUAUUUCCUAUACCUCUAUGGAAUGUAUAUGCGGCAAUACAAAGUGACCUGGAUAAAACAAACAACAUUUGUGAAGGAUUUAACAACGGAUUUGCUCAUUUACUUUCUGCUCAACAUCCUUCAAUCUAUAAAUUUAUAAAUGGUUUGAGACAUCAACAAAACCUAACGGAAAUUAAAUUAAGUCAAAGUAUAGUAGGAAAUCCAAAUAUGCCAAAUAAAAAGAACAAGACAGUCAGUUGGGCUUAACGAGUAAAGAAAGUAGUAGCAGAUUAUCAUAAUCGAGAGUUUGAAGAUUAUCUUCAAGGUAUUUCAUUGAAUAUAUACUUCUAUUAAUAAUUAAUAUACAUAUUUAAUUUUUUUUAAUACUUAUAUCAAUUUUA